GAACGCGAGGCGGUGCUUUCCGGUACCAGCGUGCCUGUUGAACGCCUGUCUUUGUGCGUCUGUGAUUCCUGGCCCACGACGACCAGUCCUUCCAGAGAGCCCUGCAUGCUCCAAACAGAUGGUACACUUAAAGGCAGGGCGCCCAUCGUUAGCUUUACACAAAAGGAGCCAGGGAAACUGCUCCUGCCACCUCGACUUGUAACGGGAAAGAGCCUCAGCGUAAAGCUCGGAAGGACUUAGAGACUUCCUAGAGGUUGAAGGUGUAUCGUCUUCAGACAGCUCUUCAUCGUCAUCAGCAGGUAUCGACUCCGGCGGCUCGGCAGUUCCCAGAUUCGGCUUCGCGAACGGUAACUUGGCCUGGCGAUAGUGACCUUGGCGCUUGGGAGUUGUCGUCGCAGUAGCAGGGCGAUCGACGGCGGCUAGUGCCGACGGACCGGGUCCAAGACUCUGCCCAGGAAGAACGACUACAUCGGAAACUGAGUCGGCUAUUUCCUUUCUUGCAGGUUCCUGUUCUCUAGGCGCAGCAUCGGCUCUAAUCGGGAUGCGGGUAAGUUGCCCCAACAACUACCCAUGGAGAUUGCCGAUUAGCCAGCCACCAAUUUAUGACAGGUGCUUUCGCCAGAACGAGUACAGUAUGGCAUCGUCUGAUACAGUGUCGGAGGGCAUAUUACAGUAUUGACACUUUCUCCAAGUCACUUCCACCGCUCGUUGCUUGAGACUGUCAAAUGUAACUUAGGUUGUUACAGUAGACUAUACUGGAUUGUGCCUUAGAGGGUACAACACCCUAGUUUAUAUAUCCUUGUACACAC